UGAAAAAAUCCUUUGAUUCUCAACUUUGGAUCAAGGUCCUGCUGUGUUUGUUUCAUGUGCCUGUUGCUCGCCUGCUUAUGUUUUUGUGAUUAGCUAUUGCAGUUGGUACUUUCAUUUCUGAGAUCACCUGAUGGCUCAUGACUUAAUUUUAGUUCUACCAAUUAAGAACACGAAUGGAUAAGGCACGUUCGAAACUAGAAUCAGCUUAAAAACUGAAAGAUGUGUGGACAACUUUACAACAACCUCAUCUAAACAAAACGAAUGCCUCUCACUCUUUCUCCAUCCUCCAACUUCUCUCUCCUCCCUCCCACCCCCAAUAGAACCACCCAUCGUUUCUUCAAGUUCAGUAUUGCCCAUGCCUCCACCCAACUGGCCCCCAAACCUCCACCAGUCCUCAAGACAGCUCCUGUCAUCGUCAUUGGCGCCGGCCUCUCUGGCCUAGCCGCCGCUACCCGUCUUAACUCCGAAAACAUCCCCUUCCUCCUCCUAGAGGGUUCUGAUGGCGUUGGUGGCCGCGUCCGGACCGAUGUUGUCGAUGGCUUUCUCUUGGACCGUGGCUUCCAAAUCUUCAUUACUGCCUACCCUGAAGCUCAGAAGCUGUUAAAUUACAAUGAGUUAAAUCUCCAAAAGUUUUACUCUGGUGCCAGAAUUUACUACGAUGGUCAAUUCCACACAGUUGCUGAUCCUUUGCGCCAUUUCUCGGACUCCCUUUUGUCCGUUACAAAUCCCAUUGGGUCAGUUCUUGAUAAGCUGCUUAUUGCUUUGACGAGGGCUCGAGUUUUGAGUAAAUCUAAUGAAGAAAUUCUGACUGCCAAAGAGGUUUCAACUAUUGAAUUAUUGAAGAAUAUUGGCUUUUCAGAUUCAAUGAUUGGAAGGUUUUUCAGACCCUUCUUUGGUGGGAUUUUUUUCGACAGAGAGCUUGAAACUACUUCAAGACUUUUCGAUUUCGUCUUCAGAUGUCUAGCUCUCGGCGAUAACACUCUUCCCGCUAAAGGGAUUGGUGAAGUUCCAAACCAAUUGGCAGCAAAAUUGCCAUCCGAUUCAAUCCUGUUAGACACCAAAGUGGUUUCCGUUGAUUUUGAGGACUCAAAUUCACCGUCCGUGAGAUUGGAGAGUGGCCAAAUUCUCAAGAGUGAGCUCGGAGUAAUAAUGGCGAUUGAAGAACCAGCUGUUGAUAAGAUUUUGGCGGGAAGGAAACCAACGGCCCUAAGAAGACCACCCCGAAGUACGGUUUGUUUGUACUUUUCAGCAGAUCAGUACCAAAUUCCUGUUCGAGACCCUGUCCUGUUUCUGAACGGUUCAGGUGAAGGGAUCAUCAAUAACAUGUUUUUUGCUACAAACGUGGCUCCAUCUUAUGGCCCUUCAAACAAAGCUUUGGUAUCUGUAUCAUUGAUCGGGUUGUUUGAGGAUACCUCGGAUGAUGAUCUGAGGGCUGAGGUGAUCAUGGAGCUUUCAGGUUGGUUUGGAGCUGCAAUGGUUGAGUCAUGGAGGCACUUGAGAACAUAUCGGAUUGGUUUUGCCCAACCGAACCAAUCCCCACCAACAGAUUUGAUGAAAAACCCUAACGUUGGACCGGGUCUAUAUUUGUGUGGAGAUUAUAUAACGUCUGCUACUUUUGAUGGAGCUCUGGUUUCGGGUGGAAGAGCAGUGGAAGCUUUGUUAAAAGACAGAGCGUUGGCUCGGGUUUGAAAACCCUUAUUUUGGCUUUUAUUGAAUCUGACAGCGUUGUUUAGUUGCAAAAGUUUCUUCUAGAUAAAUCCAAAUUUUUCAUGAACAUCGCUGGCCAAUGCCAUUCAUUUCUAGUGGUUACUUUUGAGAAGAUAGGGUAGUGAAUUAGGGUUCAUUUGACAAGGUGUUAAAGACGCGUUACAUUUAUUCUUUUAUGAUCUGUAAGACGUUGCAUUUGAUAAUUUUUUUUUAAUCCUUUCGUCAUGUUAUCGGAUGAAUCCUUAA